AACUUUUAUUGUGAGUUGCUCUUGCCAACUGAGCUACCCAUAGGGUGUCUUAAUUUGAAGUUGACAUCCAUCAGGGAGUGGAGAAGAAGCAGCAGAAAUGAUGAAGGAAACCAGUCUCAAUCUUUCGAUCGAUCCAAAGAGCGGUUUCUGCUCUAGCACACAGAUCUACCAUAGCCUCAGACCCCCGGUCCCACUCCCGCCGGAGACCAUCCCCUUCUCCGCCGCUGCUCAUGCCCUAUCUUUCCUUCGCAACACCAGCUUAUCGCCGGGAAACACCACCGUACUCAUCGAUGCCGCCACAGGCCACCGCUUCUCCCACUCCCAAUUCAUCGGCAGAGUCAAAGCCCUUUCCGCUUAUCUGCAAAUUACAAGUGGCCUCUCCAGAGGCGACACCGCCUUCAUACUAUCCCCAACGUCUCUCCAAAUCCCAAUACUAUACUUCUCUCUCCUCUCCAUCGGCGUCGUAAUCUCUCCCGCCAACCCAGCUAGCACAAAGUCCGAGAUUUCCCACCAAAUCGAGAUCAGCAAACCAGUGAUCGCCUUCGCCACGUCGGCCACCGUCGGAAAUCUCCCUUCUUUCCGUCAUGGCACGGUUCUCCUGGACUCGCCUGAUUUCGAAUCCAUGAUGAGGACGACGACGACAACGACGUUGGGUUCGGAACUGGAACCGAUCGAGGUGGACCAAUUAGACUCGGCAGCGAUUAUGUACUCGUCGGGAACAACCGGUCAAGUCAAGGGUGUGGUGUUGACUCACCGGAACCUCAUCGCGUUGAUCGCCGGGUUCACCGCGCCGCGGCCGGAGACGGUGUUGCUGGUUACAAUGCCAAUGUUCCUUAUAUACGGGCUGUUAAUGUGUGUGAGAGCUGUGGCUUUGGCGGAGACGAUGGUGCUGAUGGAGAGUUUCGAUUUCGAAGGGAUGCUGAGAGCGAUAGAGGCAUAUAAGGUGUCCUUCAUGUCGCUGUCACCACCGCUUGUGGUGGCAAUGGUGAAGUCUGAGGUGGUGGGGAAGUAUGAUCUCAGCUCGCUCCAUGGGGUGGUGUGCGGAGGAGCGCCGCUGGGGAAGGAGAUCAUCGAAAGGUUCGUGUCUCGGUUUCCCAACCUCGAAAUACAACAGGGCUAUGGUUUGACCGAAUCAACAGGCGCUGGAGCAAGGAUGGUAGGGUCUGAGGAGGCAAAGCGAUAUGGCUCUGUGGGCCGACUAGUUAUGAAUAUGGAAGCCAAGAUAGUUGAUCCUAAGUCUAAGGACCCCUUGCCUCCAGGCCAACAGGGAGAGCUGUGGUUACGAGGACCAAUCAUCAUGAGAGGUUAUGCUGGAGAUGCCAAGGCAACUGCUUCAACCUUGGACCCAGAGGGUUGGUUAAAAACUGGUGAUCUUUGUUAUUUUGACUUUGAUGGCUUCCUUUUCAUUGUUGAUAGGUUGAAGGAAUUGAUCAAAUACAAAGCAUAUCAGUUGUCGCAGAUUCCACCAGCAGAGCUAGAGCAAUUGCUUCAAUCCCAUCCGGAAAUUAUUGAUGCUGCUGUGAUUCCGUACCCAGAUGAAGAAGGGGGCCAGAUUCCCAUGGCGUUUACAGUGAAGAAACCUGGGAGUAAUCUUACUGAAGCUCAAGUAAUGGAUUUUAUUGCUAAACAGGUGGCACCAUACAAGAAGAUACGCAGAGUUACUUUCAUUAACUCAAUUCCAAAAACUACUUCUGGGAAGAUCUUGAGAAGAGAGCUUGUCAAUUGUGCUCUUUCUGGUGCUUCAGAUAAACAAUGAUCCCAUUUGUUUAUCUAAUUACAGAGGCAUAUACAAACUUUGCAGGUACUCUUGCAGUUCAACCCACUUGAACUGCUGAAAUCCAAUGACCUCUCCAAGUAUUCUCUGUGUCCUGGCAUGUACAGUUAUGUAUCCUGUGCCAGCAGAAAGAGUUUAGAUACGGGUCUCUUGAAUCUUUUAUCGGUGCUCUUCUCUGUGCUGAAUCUGAUUUGUUAAGAAGGUUUUUAUAGAGCCAUUGCAUUUCAAAA